UUACCUUAAGUAAAAUCAUUAUAUAUGUUUAGUUGCCACUAAAAUGAGUUUUAUUCAGUGAUUACCUUUGUAUUUUUAAUGAAGUGUUCUUCUGGAAAUGAGACCAUUUGGUAGAUAGCUGCAAAGGGCCAGGAUGAAAUGAAUUUUUGCAAACUGGAAAUUUAUUUGCUAUUAGGGAUUGACAACAGAUACCAAAAAUAAUUCUUUUUGCCUGAUUAAAUAUGAUAAUUUUGAUUACUCUUAUUUUGAAUUAGAAGUCAAUUUCCCAAUGUUUCUGUCAUAUUUUCUACCUUAUCAUUAAAACCAAUUCCUUGAGCACCCCAAAGGCUUAAGUCUUUCUCUUUGGAAACAUGUGCUCUCCACAAUAUUAUUCAAGGAAAUUUAUUGUUCUCCCAUGGUUUAUAAGGUCAAUAUCAGAAUUAAUGAAUAAUAACAUCUUAACCUUAAGCAUUUUACAUCCAACAUCCAUACUCAAUGUGCAUGUGUAGUGGUGGUUCUAAAAUCAAUGUUGUGAAUUCCUCAUUCUUGUUCAACUAAAGUAUGGUGCUGCUCUAGCUAAAGUUUCAAGGCCUCAUGUAUGGAACGGCUCGGUUAAACCUAACUGCAGCAUCUUCAAGGACUAUUAAGUCCAGGAUGACUGUUUCUGCAGCUCCUCCAUUUAGAUGUUCAGAACAUGCAGAGAAACAGAAGGAGUUUUAUUCAAAAUUAGAGGAGAAACAUAAAGCAAUGGAAGCUGAGAAAAGCCAGAGUGAAGCAAGGACCAAGAUCUUAAUAUUUGAAGGAAGACAUAGAGGUGGUGGUCAAGCCAUUCAGAAAGAGUUUAUCUUUUAUGGGGAACCCAAUGCGAAGCUUCUACCAUGAGGGACUACCAUCAAAAGCUGACUGAGAAAGGAAAAGGGUGUGGCCUGGCCUCUUACCUCCUCCAUUGUCGCCUUUUAGAAGGGCAUCAUCCUUGUGCCACUGCAUUUUCAUCUGCAAUACAACAUAAGGUCAGAGAAACUUGGUUAGGAAAAUUUCAGAGUGGUUUUUCGUUUUGGAGAAGUAUUUUUAGCAUCCAUGGUUUAAUAGUCUGGUCCAAUUUUAACAUAUGUUGCUAUAGGACUCAACGUUUAUUAUACAUAUUAGAAUAAUUUAUGAUGGCUUUUGGGUUUUACAAACCAAAAGACGAUUUGAUAUCUUAAAGAACUCAUAACAAUUUCAGUAAUGUCAAAUGCACCUCUAAACUCAA